AUGCAACAAGUUGAAAACAGCUCCCACGACUCAUCUUGUUUAUUUCCUGAUGAGAUAAAUGGACACACGAUGGAGGUGAUGGCAACAUCGGAUUGGAAAUUAUUAGAACAAUUAUUAAUCAAAGAAAAUUCUGAGAAUUUCGACUCACAAUCAUGGCCAAAACCUUACCUGAAUAGUCAUUUCAUGAUCGUUGAUUCUGAAUUGAAUUUGUCCACGAAAUUUAUUGAAGAUAAGGUCAAACAAGUUGUGAUUCAUUAUCGGAUGUGGAAAAAUUCAAAUAAUUCAACAGCCAAAGUCUUGUAUUUACUGCAUGGUUUUGGCGGGAAUACUUUUUCUUGGAGGAUGAAUGCGGAGGAAUUAAUUUCCAAAUUUGAUUUGGUUGUGGCCAUAGAUUUACCUGGAUUUGGAUACAGUUCAAGGGAAAUUGGAUUGAAACACACAAGAUGGAAUAGAGCUUUUUGGGGUUUGCAGGUUAUGAGAAGGACACUACUGGAGUUGGAAACUUAUUCGAAACAAGAUUGUGAAAUUUCAUGCUUUAUCAUGUCUCAUUCAAUGAGCUGUGUCUAUUCACCAGAAUUGAUUUGGUUGGUCAACCAGGAGGAUCCAGAGUGGACACGCUUUUCCUUACAUUAUCUCUCCAAAGAUUCGUCAAAAUUCGAACGAUUUUUCAAAAUUACUAAUCUGGUAUUCGUGUCAGGAAUGUACUAUGUCCAAACUUUACCAAAUUUGUUAAAUUAUUCAAUAAUCCAAUCUGUGUCCAAAGGAAUGUUGAAACUAUUCGUUGGAAAGAGCUCAAACAAAUGGAUGCUAAAAAAGGCAUAUAACAGAAAUCCAACGGAUGAAGAAGUGUUUGGAUAUUUGCUUCCAACUGAUUUGAAGAAUAGUGUGGAUUGUCUGAUGGACAUGACCAUAGCCAUGAAGCAGGAAAAUGAUAAUGAAGAGCUCACGGAGAGACACAAUGAGUUAUUGGAACAAUUGAGCAGUUAUUGUCAUGUAGUUCAAGUCAUGUGUCUUAAAGAUACAGUUCACUCUUCAAAAGAUGCAAAUAGACUUAAGGAAAUGUUAGAAAGUAAUAUUCGAAAGAAAUGA